GACACAUACAUAAACUUCACCAAUGGCGGUCGCUGGAGCGAGCAGGGCGAGCAGAAGCGACUGAGGCAAAAAUGUUUCAAGCUCUCGGAUAACAGCCCUUUUCCCGGGUGUUCUUCCAGGCAAGAUCACUAACGAUGAGUGGAAGUGUUGGCUACCACCCACAGGGAUCUACUUCCAGCUUCGACAGCUUCAAAAGGAAGCAGUUCAGGUCGCAUGACGGCGAGCAUUCGAAACAUGGACAAGAAGGCCCAUCGCACAACUUUAGGCGUCCACUGCCGGAUUUUACCGACACCUUCAUGGCGAAGCGUCGGCAAGAACGCGAAAAAAUUGGAGCCCAAGGUGUGCGCAGCCUUUGGGGGGAAUCGCCGGAAAGGCCCUUGAACUCCGAUGAAGAGCAGGCCAACAAGAAGAAGCGAGAGGAAUCUUCAGACAACGAAAAAAAGAAGUCCAAGAAGCACAAGCACAAGCGCAGUCGUGACUCGAGCAGCCACAAGAGCAAGAAGCACAAGAAAGAGAAGAAGAAGAAGAAGCGGAAGGAGUCCAAGAAGAAGUCCAAGAAGCACCGCAAGAAGGAGACCAGCUCCUCCAGUGCGUCCAGUUCCCCGGAGUCGGAUGCCAAGCGCAGGGCCGACGGCAGCGACUUCGAGAUGUGGGUGGACAAGCGCAGGGCUGAAGACGACGAAGACGAAGAAGAGGUGAUUGGUCCCCUUCCCAAGCAGCAUGUCCAACUCUCGGCCAAGGACUACGGCAAGGCACUGUUGCCGGGCGAGGGUGCUGCCAUGGCAGCCUACAUCGCCGAGGGAAAGAGGAUCCCCAGGAGAGGGGAGAUCGGUCUCACGAGCAACGAAAUCGAGUGCUUCGAACAAGUGGGAUACGUCAUGUCAGGGAGCAGGCAUCGUCGUAUGGAGGCCGUACGUCUGCGAAAAGAGAACCAGAUUUACAGCGCAGACGAGAAGAGAGCCCUCGCCAUGUUCAACAGGGAGGAGCGGCAAAAGAGGGAGACCAAGAUCCUCUCGCAGUUCAAAGAGGUCAUCAAGGCCAAGUUGCAUGGAGACCAGUGAAAACAAAUCUUCAGAGGACGGAAACAGACUGAACAUUGUUAUCGUGGCACGGUGUUCCCCUUCCUUGAACUUCCCAACAUCGGAACAUUCACACCGACUCUCCCAAGGCUUGUACUACAUCAGCUGUUGGCUAGAUCCUUAGAAACCCUGCAAGCAGCUACAGUCAUUCGUUGACAUUUCCUUCUGCCUUUCUCAAAGACGGUGAUGGAUGGUGUCUUGUCACCUGGAAAACAUGUCCGAUCGCGUUCGUCAUCUUUGUGUGUCGUGGUCUGUCCACAGCAGUCGGGUAGGGAUGCCCCAAGACUGAAGCUAGGGAUGCUAUUAGAUAACAGCACAUAGAUGUUCUGCCCCAUUUUCGCUCGUGAUGGUACUUUUGGCUCUUUAUUAUGCCACUAGAAGGGAUGUUCUAUCCCCGGGCCACUGGUACUCUUUUGGGUGGAGGCAAGUCUGGUGCAUGGCUCCCGGAACUCAUGGACAUGCUUAUAUGCCAUCUCAUGACCUUACUGCUAAUCCCUCAACCAACUUGUACAUAAGCUCUUUGUGACUUUUUUUUUUUUUUUCUUCAGUGAAAUGUCAAGAUAAAUCUAAAAUAUCAGUU